AUGGAGCAAACGUUCUAUGUCGAUGAGUUCAAGAGACACAGCACGUUCCGGCGAAUCCUACGGUCACAGUGCAAAGAUUCUAGCCGAGAUAACGAACUGUCACCGUUGGAUAUCCAGACACCGGCUUUCUUUGAUAAUCAUUAUUACAUUAAUCUUUUGAAAGGAAGAGGGUUGUUGAUUUCGGAUAACGUCCUGGUCACCGAAGAUCAUGAAGGAGAGAUCUUCAAGAAGGUCUGGGAAUAUGCAGUGGAUCAAGAUCUCUUCUUCCUAGACUUUGUUGAAUCUAUGUUGAAAAUGGGUAAUAUCAAGGUUCUUACAGACUAA